CAGCAGCUGUACCCAGCAGCGCGAGGCUGCGUGUACGCGUUUCUCCGCCGCGCGCGGCUCGCUCUGUAGAGGAGACGUUUACUUAUUGUUUAUUUCUUUAUGUUUUAGUUUUUCUGUUGUUGUUAUUUUUAUUUGUCGGUUACAAUUGUUACGUAAUGCGCACGAGCGAACAGAAACAGUAACACAUUUAGGGGCACGCGCCCCUCUGCAACACACACACACACACACACAUAUAUACAGAGACGCGCGCACGCGCACACACACGCACGCACGCGCACACACGCCGAGCGCGAGAAGGAAGAUGGUGAUCAUGGCUCCCGCACAUUGCCGCUGUAAUCCCGCGCGUGCAUCCAGCCUCUUCCUCUGGCUGCUGAUCGCCGCUCACCUGCCCUCAAGUUCCAUCCAGACAGAAAACGAUGACGAUGAAGUGACAAAUAAAACCUGGGUUCUGACCCCGAAGGUCUACGAGAGUGAUGUCACACAUAUUCUAAACAGUCUACUAGAUGGAUAUGACAACAAGCUGCGGCCGGACAUAGGAGUCCAGCCCACUGUGAUCACGACAGACAUGUUUGUGAACAGUAUUGGCCCAGUAAAUGCCAUCAACAUGGAAUACACCAUCGACAUCUUCUUUGCUCAGACCUGGUACGACAGCCGCCUGAGAUUCAACAGCACCAUGAAGGUCCUGCGUCUAAACAGCAACAUGGUGGGAAAGAUCUGGAUCCCCGACACCUUCUUCCGUAACUCCAAGAAGGCCGACGCCCACUGGAUCACGACGCCCAAUCGUAUGCUGCGGAUUUGGAACGAUGGACGAAUUCUGUACACUCUGAGGUUGACCAUCGAUGCCGAGUGCCAGCUUAAACUGUAUAACUUUCCCAUGGAUGAGCAUUCCUGUCCCCUGGAGUUCUCAAGCUACGGUUACCCCAAGGAGGAGAUCGUCUACAGGUGGAAGCGCAGCUCCGUGGAGGUGGGGGAUAUCCGCUCAUGGAGGCUCUAUCAGUUCUCCUUCGUUGGUCUGAGGAACAGCACUGAGGUCGUCAGGACCGUCUCAGGUGACUACGUGGUGCUGACCGUCUUUUUCGAACUGAGCAGGAGAAUGGGUUACUUCACGAUUCAGACCUACAUCCCCUGCACCCUCAUUGUUGUGCUCUCCUGGGUUUCCUUCUGGAUUAACAAGGAUGCCGUCCCAGCCCGCACGUCUUUAGGAAUCACCACUGUGCUGACCAUGACCACGCUGAGUACCAUCGCCAGGAAGUCCCUGCCUAAAGUCUCCUACGUCACGGCCAUGGACCUGUUUGUGUCCGUGUGCUUCAUCUUCGUCUUCGCCGCUCUGAUUGAAUACGGAACGCUGCAUUACUUCGUGAGCAACCGCAAACCCAGCAAAAACAAAGACAAGAAGAAGAAAAAUCCUCUCCUCCGGCUCUUUUCCUCAAAGCAAGCCCCCACGGUGGACAUCCGCCCCCGUUCGGCCACGGCCAUCCAGAUGAACAAUGCCACGCACAUGCAGGAGCGCGACGAAGAGUACGGCUACGAGUGUUUGGACGGGAAGGACUGCACCAGCUUCUUCUGCUGCUUCGAGGACUGCCGUUCUGGGGCGUGGCGCCACGGGCGCCUGCACAUCCGCGUCGCCAAGAUAGACUCAUACGCCCGCAUCUUCUUCCCCACGGCGUUCGGUCUCUUCAACCUCGUCUACUGGGUGUCCUAUCUGUAUCUCUAAAAUAGACCCCACCUGCUCCCGUCCCGCCUGCACCGUGUCCAUAUUAGCUGGCCUUAUUUAUUGAUUUACUAAUUUAUUUAUUUAUUUAUUUAUUCGUCGACUUACUUAUCUGGGGGCGUUCGGCACUCAAGCGACGCUCAUUUGUGUGUUUCUUUGGACGAGCGAAUACUUAAAAAGUUAAAACAGCUUCUUUCGGUACGUCUUGUGAGUCGCUUUUGUUUAAUUGGUAUGAUUUUAUUUUAGUGUGUGUGUGUGUUUGCAUAUGUGUGUGUGUGUGUGUGUGUUGUGUACAAAGCAAACGUUGUAGCAAAAUAGGUUAAAGGGUUUAAAAAAUAAGAGGAACCUAAAACUUAUAGCACAUCUGGGAUUCUCUGAAAAAUAUGUUCUAUGAAAAAUGUACAAAUAUAUUGCAGGGAGGGGCGGGGCUCAAAUCGAGCUGCAUGACUACAUUUCCCAGAAUCCCCUCGGACAACAAGACGUGGUGUGAUCAGCACCACAUAGAGCAGAACGGCACUUUGGGCAACACCGUAAAGCCCAGCACUCACAGAGUUGUUUUUAUUUAUUUAUUCAUUUAUUUAUUUAUUUAUUUUAAAGCAGUGUAUCGAUCCAUUUGAGUUGUCUUGUCAUUUUAGAGUUACACACAAAAAAUACUGAACGUGAAAUUUUAAGUAUUUGAAGUUUUCCGCUCUCUGUUGACCCUCAUGUGUUGUCACGGCUGGUCAGAUCUAUGGUCAUCUGUACAGAGGAUGUAAAUAAUUUAAUACUGUACAAUGUAGUGAUUUACAUCUAUUGCAUGCACCUUUUCAGGCCAAAAACAAAACCAUAUAUUUAAAGGUCUUCUGUUGAUGGUUAUGGAUAAAAAUAUGAAAAAAAAAAAAAAUCUAAAA